AUGCAGAAUAUCGUUUCAAUGCUUAAAACAAUUAUUUCCCUUGAUAAUGGUGAAAUUAUUAAUGCUAAUAUUAUUGAAGUUGAAUUACUAAUAAAAGGUAAAUCUAGUUUUAAAUCAAGUAAAGAAAUAGAUGAGGAUUUAGAUGAUUUAGAAUUAUCUGAAGAAGUUAAUUAUUAUAAUGAUAUUAAUAAAAGCAAUCCAAGUUUACAAAGUAUACAAUCUUCUCAAUCAAAUAUAAAAUAUUUCAAAAGUAAUUCAUUAAUUAAUUUGACAACAAAAAAUAAAUUUAGUUUAAAAUCAAGCAAAGAAAGAGAGGAGGAUUUAGAGGAAUUAGAAAUAGCAGAUUUUUAUAAGAAUAAUAAUUUAAUAAUCAAUCAAGAGACUCAAUAA